CGUCACCUUGUGGACCUGUUAACGGAUCCAGCAGAAGCCCUGCCGUGCACAUGCGGCCAACGCCAAACUCGUGCUUUGUUUGAGUGGGCCGAAAACCUUGAAUUACCCUGCCGCUACCAAAAAUUACAUUCGAAGCAGCCGCUAUUUGCUUUUUGCUCUAUGGUUUUGGACUGGGCGCGUGAUGGGCGAACGCGGGGUAAUGUUCUCGUUUUCCACGGCGGUCCCGGAUGUGGCAAGUCGUGGUGGUUGGCGAUAAUAAAAGGCAUUGUUGGCUUAUGGUCCAGACCCAUUGAAUACCUGUCCGAUGGUUCUUAUAUUAAUUCACACCGUUAAACUCAGCCAUAGUCUGCGUCGAUUGUAUUUAUGACAUAUAUCGCUAAUCUUGGAGCGGUGCUACACGAUUCCGUCGUCGCAUACCAACUAUCCGUGGGUUCCACUGGCGUCG